GCGGCCACACUGCGCCCACAGCUGUUCGGUCACCUCAUUUUUGUUUUUUGCUUUUAUUUAUAACAAUUCGUUAAAUGAACCACUAAAUAGACGGAAGGCAGUAGCAGCGGCAUGGACGCGAAGUAGGGGACACCAUGGAGACGCUGCCAUGUGCCAUCCAGCUGCAGGAGCCCCAGCAGCCUCCUCCGCAUCCACAUCCGCAGCUCGUGAAUCUCAGCAUGGAGGCAAGCCUGGGCGAGAAUGUGGUCAGCAUUCCCAAGGAGCUGAUCCUCAUCUCACUAGUCUCCCAAGAGCAGUCGCUCUACAAUCCCAAGCACCCGAAUUAUCGGAGCACCAAGGUCAAGGACGAGAAGUGGCUGGAGAUCGGCAGCAAUGUGGGUUGGUCUGAUGUGCAGUGCAAGUCCAAGUGGAAGGCCAUGCGGGAUCAGUACUGUCGGGAACUGAAGCGCGCCAAGGCCUGUGGGAAGGCGGUCAAGUGGAAAUACUUCAAGGAGUUAGACUUUCUGCGUCCCUAUGCGCUGGCAAGGAAUUAUAGGGGAAGAUCUGGACAGAAUGCCACUGGCAUUGUCUCCACGGUGACUCCCAUAUCGCUGCCACUUGGGAAUUCCUUCAGCAGCAACAGCAGUAGCCAGAACCUGAACCUCUCUGGCAGCAUAAAAAUAGAGGAUGGCGGUGCCACCACGCUGCUAGAUAACUGCAGCUUCAGCAACUCGGCCACUGCAGUGGACAAGAAACCGGCAGCCACUUUUAUGACCAGUCAUAUGGGCGCCGUAUUGCAGCAGUCCCAGCCGGAGAGCAACUGGAACUAUUUGACCGAUGCCGGUGGUGGUGCAGCACCCUCCAUUAUAGUACAAUGUGGAACCGCCAACACAACCACUGUGGUGGACACUCUGUACAAUGAGAUUGUGAAUGCCGUCAAUCAGUCCAGCUCGGGAGCCGGCGGAACGGUUUCCGCUGCAUCUGGCACAACACACGCAGCAGCGCACAAUCAGUCCGCGACAAAUGCCGAAGAGGAGGACGACGAUCCCAUUCACACCUUCCUCAAUAUGGAAAGCUACUUUGAGAAGGAACUGAUCACGCUGAUCCAGCAGGAGGAUAUGAUCUACAACUACAGCAAUGAGAACUAUCGGAAUGCCAAACUCAAAAUGGAGGUUUGGGAGGAGAUCGCGCGGAAGCUAAAGAAGUCAGUGAGACAGUGCCGACUGAAGUGGAAGGCGUUGAGGGACCAAUAUGCACGCGAGCAUAAACGAUUGAGAACACUGAUACACAUGGACGCCACAUCGCGGUGGAAACACUACGAUUCACUGGGCUUCCUUCAAAAGUACAUCCAACAAAAGACGCUGGAUAACGACUCUCAACUUGGAAUGCUGGCCAGAGCGGACCCGGCGAGGGAGCUGGAGGAGCACAUGCCCCACUCCCAUUCGCCACCCGCGCAGCAGCAGAGCACCCUGGAGUCUUCGCCGAGUUCCCAUCUCAGCAUGCCCGCCCUGCCUCAAUUAACAGGCCCCCACAAGGCCGAGUUAUCCAACUCAAUGCCAGAACAACAGCAGGAGGAGCAAGCACAAGCCAGUGAGAUGUGCGUAGCCACUUACGACGAAAUGGAUAUUGAGAACUACAUCAAUGGGGGCGAGGCUCACCAAGAAGAUGAGGAAGAGGAAGACGAGGAUGAGGAAAUGGAGAGUACAACAGCGGCGGAACAAAGUCAACAGCAGCAAGAGCAGCAUGUGGUGAGCUACGACCAUGAUGAGGCCCCUGUUUACAUGGAAGUUCAACGUGUUAGCAGUUCCAUGACCAAGCAGGAUCAUCUCAGCGAUGGAGCCUCCAACAUGGAGCAUCAGCAGCAGUCAUCUACUGGGGAGUUUCAGCAAAAGUUGGAGAUUCAGACACCCACUACACCACGAUAUCAGAAUGCCAACACUCCCAGUUCCGCUUCCACUUCCCGCUAUCACUCGGCGCCCAUUACCCCGAACAAACCUAACCAUGUGGAGUUUCCACCCGUAAAUGGCCACAAUUUUGGUGAAGAUGAUGAGAUUGGUGCCUUUUUCAAGGCAGUGGCCAUGAAAAUUAGGAAUGCCCAGUUGGAGCCUGUUGCUUUUACCGAUCUGCAAAUAGAUAUUCUGCGAGUCAUUAACGAGGCACUGAGGAAUCACUAGCACUAGCACUAACAGCAGCACUAAGAAGACCCUCAAUUUGCAUACAGAAAGAAAGAAAAAAAAUGUUUGAGCGGACCAUUAACGAUUUCAGGGCGUUUCAUUUUAGAUUGUAAGUGUUAUUUCAAAAGUGUUUUCUCUUAAGUUGUAAUUGAGUUAAUUUUUUCGUAAACAUUUUUAAGUUUUGUAAACCUUUAAACGCAAACAUCGAUUGUCUAAGCUGCUCAAAGGCGAAACUUGUUAAGCUGUUAACUGUACAUAGACCAAAAUCCAAUAAAAAUUACUGAACGAAA